UUUCUUGAUCUGCGAGAGUCUUUACUCAAUAAGUUUGGAAUACCCCUCCCAUGACCAAAAAAUUUCAUCAUAUUACGAAGAACUGAACAUUUGCGAUGAUGCAGAGUGAUAGUAGCAGUAGAAGAAGCGUAAAGAGAGGAGACAUAGUGUGGGUCAGAGUCCACUUCCCUCACAAAUGGCACCCCGCACUCGUUCUCUCUUCCCGCGACAACCUCGGCGUCCAAGUCACCUUCUCCUUCUCCCCAAACGACGCCGUUUCAGUUUCACCCGCCACAACCUACUUCGUCGAGUCCGAGGUUGUCCCCUUCGAGGAAGCUUUCCCUUCCCUCAUCACCCGCCGCAACGUUGACGCGCCGCCGCUUCACUCCGCGCUCCGCCUGUUGGGCCAGAGGGUCCUUUCCGGGCUGCGGUGCCACUGCCUAACGGGCCGGGCCCAGGCCCAACAACAAUCGGCCCGCGAGUUCGACCCGGUUGGGGUCUUGGGUUUUGUUUUGGACGCCGCGGUUUCGCCGUGGGUGGAAUCCCCGCGUUUCGCACACGCCGUUAGAGUUGUUGCUCAGGUUCACGCUUUUCGAAGGUAUUCUUCUAUGCAGCACAAGAAAAUUUACAAACAGAAUAAAGAAACAGGUGGUGAUAAUGUGAAGCUGCUUCUAAUUUCAUCUUUGAGUCAGACGGUGCACAAAGUUACUCAAGAAUCUGUUGCCUUGGAACCCAAGGAAAAAUGUCAGAUCAUAUCCAAAAAUGGGGAGAAAAACAAAGCUAUUGGUGCUAUAAAAAGAUUGAACUCAACAGUUCCAGUUUGGGAAGGAAAUUCUGCACACUUGUUUAAGAAUAAACAUCUGAUUAUUUCACAGAAUCUUGUGCACUCUCCUGCUUUAGAUCCACUUUACAUGGUGCGAGAAAGCCUAAAAUCUGCAAGGCUGAGCCUUCUGGGAUUCAAAAAUAGAUCAGACCAGGGCAUAGUUGAUAUCUGCUUUGAAGACUUUUCUACUAUGAGUAGAACUCACAUCUCAGUUCCUUCCAAUUUUAUAAUUCAUUUGAGAAACUACAUUGAUAAAAGAAAAGACAAUGUACUGGGGCUUUGCUGGAGAUUGCCUGACAAAGAAACCACCGUUAUAUAUCUUAACAGGGGGAAAAGAAGGCGACUAGAUAAUAAACCAGCUUCAUGUAAUGAUUUUUCUCAAAUUAGUGAAGUUCAAGAAAGUGAAAGGGAUGGAGAUAUCUCAAAACAUACCACUCCUAGGAUCUCAGACAUUAAGAUGCUUGAACCAGAAGGAAGUAUCCAGAAAGGCCAUGAGGCCUCAACAUGCGUUUGUGAAACUAAUAUGAACUUCACUGAGGAGGUUCAGAAAGUGGAUUCAAAAAGAAGUAAAAGAUGUGAAUCAUUGUCUAACUUGGUGCAGCACGUCCAUUCUGAUAAGUGUGAGGUUGAUGCUAGUGAAGCAAAAGUUAAAGGUAUGUUAGGAUCUGACUCAUCUGUUUACCAAGAAAGACUGCAAUUGAGUUGCAAUCGCUAUACAACACCUCUCAAGUCGAAUAGGUCUGCAAGAUACAUAUCAAAACAUACUAGAACUAGGAUCUCAGAUAUUAAGAUGCUUGAACAAGAAGGAAGUAUCCAGAAACAUCAUCAGGCCUCAACACAUGUUUGUGAAACCAGAAUGAACUUCACUGAUGGGGUUCCGAAAGCGGAUUCAAAAAGAAGUCAAACUUGCGAAUCAUUGUCUAAUUUAGUGCAUUGCUUGCAUUCUGAUGAGUGUGAGAUUGAUGCUAAUGCAGCAAAAGUUAAAGGUACGUUGGAAUCUGACUCAUCUGUUUACCCUGAAAGGAUGCAAAUUAGUUGCAAUAGUGUUACAACACCUCUCAAGUCGAAAAGGUCUGCAAGAACAGAAUUAUCUUCUGGGGAUUGUUUGGUGGAGGGUAAGGAUCGCUACCAAAGUGUUGCUUCUUGUUCAAUAUUCAAUUCAAAUGUUGGACAGCUAUCAAAUACAUAUGUCCCCUUUUAUCGUAAAUCUUUGAUCAUGAAGUUCCCCAAGAAUUUCAACCUACCAUCCAAGGAACAGUUAGUAAAGAAGUUUAGUGUAUUUGGCUCAGUAGAUUCGUAUAGAACAAGGGUCUUUUGCUAUGCUGGCUCAGCUCUGGUGUCUUUUUUACAAGAAGCUGAUGCAGUUGCUGCAUUUAAAUAUGCCAAAAAGAAGGCCUUGUUUGAUAAGGCUAAUGUCCGGUUUUGGCUUGACCCAUUUGAGCACAGAAGAAGAGGAUUCAACCCAUCAACAAAUAAACAAACAGGACCACCACUGAAAUCUUGUUUGAAAUAUUCCAAUUCCUUGAGUAGGGAAAACAGGAAGAAGCAUCGCAGAGUAAGAUUUAUAAUAUCUGCUCCUGUGCCCCCAUCAACAAGUAAACAAACAGGACCACCACUGAAAUCUUGUUUGAAAAAUUCCAAUUCCUUGUGUAAGGAAAACAAGAAGAAACAUCGCAGAGUAAGAUUUACAAUAGAAACUUAGUUGACAUGAAUUUACUGUAUGAAGAAUGUCAUCGCAUUUAAUUAACUUCUGUUGAGCUCAUCUUUGUUCCUUCCUUUAUCAUGGCAUUUCCUCAUGCAAGCGAUGAAAAACAGCUAGCAUUUAAAUGCAAGGGGAAAAAUUAUUUUGGUAUAUAUGAAAGAUCUAUCGAUUGAAAUGUUGAAUA